AUAUUUUCUUAAAGUACUUUUACAAUAUUUAAAAUUCAAAUAUACUGUUAGAAUUAAAUAAACAGUUACUCAAACUUGUUAUUAUUGCAAAUAUGAUUUAUUUAUCUAUACUGACAAAAAAUAAAGAAAUAAAAAUAGUACAAUAGUACUGUUCCAUAAACAGUACGACUGUAUAUAUUUAAAUAGAUUAUAUUCUCUUUCUAGUUGUUUUUUUCUAUACGUAUACUGUGCGCACCUAUUCUUUUAUCAUUAUUUGUGUUUUUACUAAAUUUUAACUUUUUCCUUGCUGUGAAAGAAACAUUUAAAUACGUUUUUAACCACUAUCCACCACCUAGUCCGUUUACAUUUGAGGCUAAAGGAUGUUUAUAGGUGAACAUUUCUGGGUGCCACCCGCCAGGAUAGUGCUUGUCUCGCGUUAGCAUUAGCAGUGGCUAGCCGGCGAACAGUGUUAAUUUGUUUCUAGAUUUUAAAAAGUACACAUAAAAAACAACGGUGUUGUCUUUUAAACAAAUACUCCUUAAGUUAUCAUAUAUACACAGCCGUUUGAAAUGAACUGGGUCGGAGGUUCAAGGAACAGACUGGCGAUGAAGGAUGAUGCCAAGAAGCAAAGGGACUUUUUUGAAAAGAGGAGAAUGCAAAAGAAAUUGAAAAAUUUAGGACUCUCUCUGCCCACAUCUGCUGGAGGUUCCAGUCCAGGUUCUGCCAGCAUGGACCUGGUGACUCUGUUUAUUGUCAACCAAAUUGCCACCAAAAAAGAAAGUAAUGAUAAUCCAAAAGUGCCAGUGUUUGGAGGCAGCAGCAGAAAAGGGUCAAGUCACCAAAACAAGCCACUGGUGCUUCCAAUGAGCCCCUGUUCUCCGUCACAGCUGAGUCUUGUCGACAGCCCCUACAGUUCCCAGAGGAUGAGAAAAGGCAGGACCAUUAUUCCCCCAGGAUUUAAAUGUCACCAGCCCAAAGCAGACACCCUCAGCCCCUUCUCCUCCACUUCGUUGUCCCCUUCCGGCCUCGGAGGAGUGUUCUCUCUGCAACUGAAUCAUCAGCAGACACAGCUUCUUCCUCCUUCUCCUCCUCCACCUUUUUGGGACACAGUCCUUCUCCUCCUCCUCCUCCUCCACCUUUUUGGGACACACCAGCACCGGAGCGAACAAAUGUUCAUCAUGAACAGUAUGAAUGACGUUGGAGACCAUCCGAGAAGCCAGGCCUGUUUUUCCUUGACCCAGUUGGAGGAGACGGACUUCACCCUCAACCAGUCAGAAACUGAACAGCAGUUUGAAGACAAAGUGUUCAGUGGCUUCUCUGAUGAAUUUGGAGAGAAAGAUGGUAAAUGUCGCUUUCAAAACAGACACUAA